UUCUGCCUGUGAGCGAUUUGUCACUUCCUUCUGUAAGACUGGCACCAGCAGACAUGCAGUCUCAGAGGAUCCCGGGGAGGAAGCGAGGCCGACCCCCACUUCACUCAACACCUAUGAAGAUGGCAGUUCAUAACCUUUAUUCUGCUUCAGCUGGUUCUUUACCAGCAGUGAAGAUCCCAAAGAAAAGAGGGCGGAAACCCGGGUACAAGCUCAAGUCUCGUGUUCUCAUGACUCCUUUAGCCCUCUCGCCUCCUCGGAGUACGCCGGAGCCCGACCUCAGCUCCAUCCCUCAGGAUGCGGCCACUGUCCCCAGCUUGGGGGCCCCUCAAGCUCUCACAGUCUGCCUCUACAUCAACAAGCAAGCCAACGCAGGGCCAUACCUGGAGAGGAGGAAGGUGCAGCAGCUCCCCGAGCACUUUGGGCCCGAGCGGCCCUCGGCGGUCCUGCAGCAGGCCGUGCAAGCGUGCAUCGACUGUGCCCACCAGCAGAAGCUGGUCUUCUCCCUGGUCAAGCAGGGCUAUGGUGGCGAGAUGGUGUCAGUCUCGGCAUCCUUUGAUGGGAAACAGCACCUGCGGAGUCUGCCCGUGGUGAACAGCAUCGGGUAUGUCCUCCGAUUCCUCACCAAACUGUGCCGAAGCCUCCUGUGUGACGACCUCUUCAGCCACCAGCCCUUCCCCAGGGGCUCCAGUGCCUGUGAGGAAGCCCAGGAGAAACAGGAGGGCAGGAUGGAGUCAGCAAAAGCAGUCACCACUGACGAGUGCCUGGUGAACCCUGUGAGCAUGAACCGCUACAGUGUGGACCCCUCCACCUCCGCCUUUAGCCACAGAGGCUCGUUGCCCACCUCCUCCUCGCUGUACUGCAAGAGGCAGAACUCUGGAGACAGCCACCUUGGGGGAGGCCUGGCCACCAACACCAGUGGUCCCCGCACCAGCCCCAUGUCCUCUGGAGGCCCCUCAGCACCUGGGCUGAGGUCCCCAGUCUCCAGCCCUAAGAGAAACGGGAACUCUCUAGAAGGAAACCGAUGUGCCUCAAGCCCUUCUCCAGAUGGGCAGGACGCCAGGCGGCCAAGGAGCAGGAACCCCUCCACCUGGACCGUGGAGGACGUGGUCUGGUUCGUGAAAGACGCCGACCCGCAGGCUCUGGGGCCUCAUGUGGAGCUCUUCAGAAAGCAUGAGAUUGACGGCAACGCUCUCUUGUUGCUGAAGAGUGACAUGAUCAUGAAAUACUUGGGCCUGAAGCUGGGACCUGCGCUGAAACUCUGCUACCAUAUUGAUAAGCUGAAGCAAGCCAAGUUCUGAAGGUUUUGAGAAGAUAGAAGCAAAAUCCAGAUAAGAGAUCUCAAGAUCAUCUUCUGCCUUACCAACAUCCAGCCACCAUCACAGAAUAUAUUCUCUUCUUAAAAAUAACAGCCACAAAGACUUGGUCUUUUUAUAAAACUUGUGCAUCUUUGCCUUUUAAAAAAUUCAACAUGGCCCUUUUGAAAGGCUCCUCUGUAUUAAUGAUUUGCCAAAAAAUUGCAAAAAAGCCUAUUGUUUUUAACAUUCCUGAUAGGUUGGUUGCUCUUAGAGUGGGUCCUGUUUUUAUAAUGAGAGAAUGGGGAACCGGAUGCCAUCGCUCAAGGAGAAGGAUCUCAAAAGAUAUGAGAAGGACUUUUGUCUCUGCAGGCUCUGCAGGGACACCCACCACAGCACAACCUGUCUUUAACUCUGACCCGGCGACCUCUCAUUGUGAGCCUUGUUUGAUUCAGCUCUGGAAGCUGUCUUCUGAGGAUAAAUGCCUCACAUCGCACUAUCUGGAAAACUUGAAUUCUUUUGCUCUCUGAAAGAGAGGAAAAAAAAUCUUUUCUAGUCUUAGUUAUCUGAAGUACUAUGUUGCCCCACUAGAGGGCAGACUGCUAACGAAAUUUCAGGACCCUCACUGCAGUAGCCUGGUAAUUCGGUACUCAGUAGAUGGGUUAGGGUUUCUGUGAACCAGAUCUAGCUUACACAGACAUAGGGAAUUUAUUCCACAGUCAGCACCACAGAUUGUAACUUGAGAAGAAACUGUCUUCUAGAAGGUUCUAGUUCGUAUCCAAUCAUUAUUGAUGACUGAGAUGCACAAGCAGCGAAGGCAAGAAUUUGGAAGUAUAUUCUUCCCAGAUGGGGCUUUGGAGUUCCUUCCCUUCCAGAGUCCUUACUGAGGUGUUGAUGUGUUGGCACGCCGAAGAGUCUUAGUGACAUUUAGCCAUGAGUGUUUCUUUAAAAAAGAAGAAGAAAAAUGUCUCCACUAAUCUUUGCAAUGGGAGAGUGUUGAUUUCUAGUUACAUUGCUGGAUUAUGUAGUUGUAUCUGUGGCUACUUUUUCUAGUCCUCAACAAAUACACAGACAUG